UUAAUCCCGGAAGCCGGCGCGAUGAAGGCGGUGCUCCGGCUGCCACGUUGAAGCCGAACGUGGAGCAGCCGCGGCCGCUGUGAGACGCCGAGGAGUUGGAGGAAGGCGAGGAGGAGGAGGUCCCGUCGGCAGCAGCAGCGGAGCCCGGUGGGGCGCUCCUCCGAGCAGCAGGAUGAAGCUGAAAGAGGUAGACCGUACUGCCAUGCAAGCAUGGAGCCCUUCUCAACAUCAUCCCAUUUACUUGGCUACAGGUACCUCUGCUCAGCAGUGUGAUGCCACUUUCAGUACCAAUGCUUCCCUAGAAAUAUUUGAACUUGAUUUGACAGACCCAGCACUGGAUAUGAAGUCCUGUGCCACUUUCUCCUCCCCUCAUAGGUAUCACAAAUUGAUCUGGAGUCCUCACACAACAAUAUCCGAUGGGACUCUUUCAGGGGUUCUUAUUGCUGGUGGCGAAAAUGGGAAUAUAAUUUUGUAUGAUCCAGCUAAGAUAUUAGCUGGUGAAACCGAAGUCAUGAUUGCUCAGAACGACAAGCAUACGGGACCUGUAAGAGCUCUGGAUGUUAAUCUAUUCCAGACAAAUCUAGUAGCUUCUGGUGCAAAUGAGUCGGAGAUCUACAUCUGGGAUUUAAAUAACUUUGCAACGCCAAUGACGCCGGGAACCAAGACUCAGCCUCCUGAAGAUAUCAGCUGUAUUGCAUGGAACAGACAAGUCCAACAUAUCUUGGCCUCUGCAAGCCCCAGUGGACGUGCCUCUGUGUGGGAUCUCAGGAAGAACGAGCCGAUCAUCAAAGUCAGCGACCACAGCAAUCGGAUGCAUUGCUCAGGGCUGGAAUGGCAUCCUGAGGUUGCCACGCAAAUGGUUCUGGCUUCAGAAGAUGACCGGCUACCCGUAAUCCAGAUGUGGGAUCUAAGAUUUGCAUCUUCUCCUCUUCGUGUUCUUGAAAACCAUGCCAGAGGUAUUUUGACAAUUGCUUGGAGUAUGGCAGAUCCUGAAUUACUGCUGAGCUGUGGAAAAGACUCUAAAAUCCUUUGUUCCAAUCCAAAUACAGGAGAGGUGUUGUAUGAGCUUCCUACCUCUACCCAGUGGUGCUUUGAUGUGCAGUGGUGUCCCAGGAAUCCCGCCCUUCUCUCCGCUGCUUCUUUUGAUGGGAGGAUCAGUGUUUACUCAAUCAUGGGAGGAAGCACAGACAGCCUGCGACAAAAACAAGUGGAUAAGCUCUCCUCAUCUUUUGGCAAUCUUGAUCCCUUUGGAACGGGGCAACCCCUUCCUCCAUUGCAGCUGCCACAACAGAGCAUCCCACAGAGCACAGUUCUGCCUCUGAAGAAACCACCCAAGUGGAUUCGCCGACCAGUGGGAGCAUCUUUCUCCUUUGGAGGGAGAUUGGUCACGUUUGAGGACAGCAAGACUCAACAGCAAGGAGAACAUCCCCAACAGCACUACCACGUCUACAUCAGUCAAGUUGUCACUGAGAAGGAAUUCUUGAACCGGUCCAACCAGCUGCAAGAAGCUGUUCAGGCCGAAGCCUUCAUCAGCUACUGUCAGAAGAAAAUCGAUGCAGCCAGAAAUGACUUUGAGAAGAAUGUGUGGUCAUUCCUCAAGGUGCAUUUUGAGGAAGACUCGCGUGCCAAAUAUCUGGAACUCUUGGGGUACAAAAAGGAUGGUUUGGGACAGAAGAGUUCUUCAACUCUUGCUAAGGAGAGUCCUCGGGGCAAAGAUCAAGAUGAGGCUCACGAGGAACCUGGACAGCCUGCACAACCUGAUGGUGGAGAGGGUCUAACUGCUAAGGACCAGCUGUUGGCAGAGAGUAAAAAUGCUGAGGUUGAUUCACUGCAACCCACAAAUGAAACCUUUAACAUUUCUGUCACUGGAGACAUUGAUGGUUUGAUCACUCAGGCUUUGCUGAUGGGGAACUUUGAAAGCGCUGUUGACCUUUGCCUGCAUGACAAUCGCAUGGCUGAUGCCAUCAUUCUCGCCAUAGCUGGUGGCCAGGAGCUUUUAUCCAAGACGCAGAAGAAAUACUUUGCAAAAACAAGAGGAAAAAUUACCAGGCUCAUCACUGCUGUUGUUACCAAGAACUGGAAGGAGAUUGUCCAGUCGUGCGAUUUGCAAAACUGGAAAGAGGCCUUGGCAGCUGUGUUGACUUACGCUAGGCCGGAUGAAUUUGCAGUUCUUUGUGAUUUGUUGGGCUCAAGACUUGAAAAUGAAGGGGACAGUGUUUUGCAAACGCAGGCUUGCCUGUGUUACAUUUGUGCCGGAAAUGUGGAGAAGUUAGUUGCUUGUUGGACUAAAGCCCAAGAUGGAAACAAUCCACUGUCUCUUCAGGAUCUCAUUGAAAAAGUGAUCAUUCUGCGUAAAGCUGUCCAGCAGACCCAAGUGAUGGAUGCCAACGCUGUUGGGGCUCUUCUGGCUGAAAAGAUGAGCCAAUAUGCCAACCUUUUGGCUUCACAAGGCAGCAUCGCUGCGGCUUUAGCUUUUCUCCCAGCUAAUACCAACCAGCCCAACAUCAUGGUGCUACGGGACAGAAUCUGUAAAGCCCAGGGGGAGCUUCCCAGGGGCCCUCAGGGGCCCAGGGCAACCUUUGAGAGGCAGCCGGCAGCCAAGGGAAGAACUGACUCUGUUGCGGGCCAGAUGCAGAUGCCACAGAACCCAACUCCACAAUAUUACCAGCAGGUUAGAAUUGCCCCUACUGUUACUACCUGGAGUAACAAAAAACCCACUGCCCUUCCCAGCCUUCCUGCAGCCUCUCCCUCUGAGACACAGAGAGAGAAUCCCCCACCUCCUCCAGGGUUUAUUAUGCAAAAGGACAUGAAUCCCAACAUGCAUCCGCCUGCCCAUCCUGAUUACAAUAUGUACACAAGACCACCAUGCCCACAACCUUGUCAACCAACCCAGCCGUAUUCUUUCCGACCGUCACUUUAUCAGCCGCAGCAACCUCUCGCUCCUCCUACUUCGGCCUCCUACCCUACCCCUAACCCCCCUUACAUGCCCCCUAACCCUGCCAGUGCCAUGCCUCCUCCCUUAUAUGCCUCCCAGCCCCAGGCCUCUCCAACAAGCUUGAAUCCGAGUUCUUCUCUUCCUCCUGCUCCCCCUCCUUCUGGUGGCUCCUUCCAGCAUGGCCGGCCAGGAGCUCCAGCAUCUUCUCUGCCGUACGCGUUGCCUCCCGGACCAACAGACUAUCAUUCUUUACAAGAUCCAGCCAGUUUCCUGCAAGGUCCUCAAAAUGGCUGGAAUGAUCCUCCUGCUCUAAGCAGAACUGCAAAGAAGAAAAAGGUGCCUGAUACCUUCUUGCCUCCUGUUCCCAUCAUGGCACCCAUCAUGACUCCUUUGUCAGACCCACAAGCUCAGCUGCAGCAGCCUCCCACAUCAGCCCCACCUCCGCCUCAGGUUCCCUUCCAGCCUUCCCAUCUGCCUCCGGGCCAGCCAGGCUUACAAAACCCCUUCCAGAAUGUUCCGCCAGGGGUCCAGACAAUCAUGACUCCAGCCGUAUCAACGUCUAGCAUGGAAGGAGCACCUGGAGCACCAACAGGGAACACCAUGCAGCACAUGCAAUCCCUGCCCACGGAGAAGAUAACAAAAAAGCCCAUUCCUGAAGAACACCUCAUCCUAAAGACCACUUUUGAAGCUUUGAUCCAGAGAUGUCUCUCUUCAGCUACAGAUCCGCAAACCAAGAGGAAAUUAGAUGAUGCCAACAAACGCCUCGAAUUUCUGUACGAUAAGCUUAGAGAUCAGACGCUCUCUCCAAUGAUAAUCAACGGCUUGCACAACAUUGCCAGGAGCAUUGAAAUCCGGAACUACACUGAGGGGCUGAACAUCCACACUCACAUCGUCAGCACAAGUAACUUCAGCGAAACAUCAGCUUUCAUGCCCGUGCUGAAAGUAGUCCUCACUCAAGCCAACAAGCUUGGAGUCUAAAGUAGCCUUCGGUCGAAGUCAUAGAGCUGUGGAAGGGUGCAUGACGUGUUCCAUAUUCUGUCCCUUUAGAGCAUGAUGCGGUAGAGAGCAAGUCACGGCAGUGUCCCUGCCAGAGGAGCUCCAUUUUAGAAGGGCUCGUGAGCUCUGGUGCUUAUUCUUUCUCUUCUCUUUUUUAUUAUUUCUACCUACAGAUAUUGUAUUUAAUUAUGCCACCCCCUCCAUAUCGUCCAUUUUAAAUGCAUGGUAUCUGCUGCUUUGAAAGUGGCUUUUAAAUACUGUAAAGAGAGAGUGUGAGGCAGCCAUCGUCGAAAAAAUUCCUUCCACAAGUCUCAUUAUCAACCAAUUAAAAGUUCCAGAUUCUAUUUUA